AUGCUUAACUUUAGGUCUGACACAUGUCAAACUUGCGACAUAUUACAAAAUCUUAUACUUGCCGAGAUAGAUCCUGAAGAGAAAAAAGCACGUCUGACUGAAAAAGAUAUUCAUAUUCGUAAAUCUGAGGUGUUUUACAAAAAAUUAAAAGAAGUUACCAUUCUCAGUAAAGAAGAUGAGUCAAUCGAAGUAUUAUGUUUCGACUUCCAGCAGAAUUUGCCUUUACCCCAUGUUCCAGCAGGAGAUGUGUUUUACAAAAGGCAACUUUGGGAAUAUAAUUUUGGUAUUCAUUCGGGAAAAUUGGGCACGUCAACUUUUUACAUGUAUGAUGAGCAGACCGCUAAGAAAGGAAGUAACGAAGUCAUAUCCUUUCUUGAUCAUUAUAUAAACACAUAUUUGCCUGGUUCAGUAAGUAAGCUAUACAUUUUUUCGGACAAUGCAUUUGCACAGAACAAAAAUCAAACGUUAGUGAAAUAUCUGUAUACUUUGGUAAAUGUAAAUAAAAAAAUUAGUCAAAUACAUCACCACUACCCUGAACCAGGGCACAGUUUUCUACCAUGUGAUAGGUCAUUUGGACUCAUAGAAAAAAAUAAAAGGAAGAAGGAAAGAAUAUAUCUACCAUCAGAAUGGAUAAAGUUAGUUGAACAAACUUCGAAAAAAUUUAAGGUAGUUCCUGUAGACCAAGAGAUGAUCCUAAACUUUUCUGACCAUUUUAAACAACUCUUUAAAUCAGCCCCCAAAGGGCCAAAAAAAGAAAAGUUUGCUAUAUCAACCUAUAGGUUAAUGAGGUAUACAAAAAGUUAUCAGUUCAUCGAAUGUUCUGUAAGUUUGGGAUUUGUUAUUUCCACAAAUUUUUUUAUGAACCCAAAAGGAGAUAUUAUUGCAUUCGCCAUGCCUAAUAAUAAAGCAUACUCGAAGCCCUUGGACAUAAACCCUAAAAAAAUUAAAGAUUUAAGAGACUUAGUACGAAAAUAUGUACCUUUAAAUGACCAAGGGUAUUACAACCGUAUGUUUGAAAAUAUUAUGCUGAAUAAUGCCGAAGACCUAAAUUUUGGAGAUGAAAACGAAGAUCCUGAUGAAGGUAGUGUUAGUGACUCUUCUUAUGUUUAA